CUACAUGCAUGAUUAUAUUGUAAUUAUAUUUCAGUUUCUCUAAUACUGAUGAGAACAGAUGCUUAAUCCAUCUGAAUGGCUCUCCAGAAAACUGUAUUGCUGAGCUCUGUUCUCCUCUCAGUGUGUUUGGGUGCCCUACAGAACCACAGGAACGUUCCUCAGUACCAUGAGCUGAUAAGACAGGGUCACACCAAGCUAACUCAGGGGGAGUCUGAACCCGAUUUUAUCCACAGAUUCAAUGGCACAACUAUCUUACAGAAAAUGUUAUCACUGGACUCAAUGUAUAACCAGGCUCUGCUCCUAAAGAAGGAAUUUAUGACUGAUCUUGGGUCUCGAAUCAAAAUGUCGGCGGGUUGCAGAGAUGGAUUUCAGCUAUUACUUGAUGGAUUGAAGGAGAGAAGUCUCUGGUCUCUAAAACUGCUUGAUUCCAUAGGAAAAGUUCCCAGUGGUAUAUUUGAGGGUGAUUUCAUGUGGCUCGGUCAGUAUGAUGAGUGUAAUGCAAUCAGUCAGGCAUUCACAGACAGAAUCACUUAUAACGAGACUUUCCUGGUUCGAGGGAAAUACUUUGUUGCAGAAUUGUGGAAUCCUUUCGGAUAUAACUCCACUGAUCUAAGGAUGGGAGUCUGCCUGCCUGAUGCAUGUACUGCGACUGAUGUUAAAGAAGUGCUGGAAUUAGCAUUUUUUGAGCUGUAUCAAUAUACAAAUAAAACAAUCAAGCUUUCUCUGAAAUAUGUGUAUCAUCAAGAGACAAAGUACAGGAGCACUCCAGAGUUUAUUACUGCAAGUGUGAUCUGUUCUAUCAUUGGCUUUCUGUUAUUACUGGGCACUCUUUACGACAUGUUUAUAAAUCAAAAUUUCGACUCCUCGAAAAUCGGAGAUGUGAGGGUUGAUAGACAGGAUAGUGAUGCACAGUCCGUUAAUUCGGACACCACGCAUCUGCUGUCGGACCGAACUCGAGUAUCUGUCAAUGCAUUCAGAAACAAGGUCUUACACAACAGUAAAUUAAGGAAGUUUUUACUGACUUUCUCAGUCAGCACCAAUGGCAGUAAAGUUCUCAACACUGAUGCGCUCCCUCCUACCGCAUUGCCCGCUCUCAAUGGGGUGAGGGUCCUGAGUUUGGGCUUGAUCAUUUUGGGUCACUCCCAUUGCUUCGAACUGGGCAUUGCAAAAAAUCCAGCUGUAUUUCUGAACUUGGUACAAAGAUGGACCUCACAGAUUGUCAUCAAUGGACUCUACUAUGUGGAUUCAUUCUUUCUGCUCAGCGGUUUGUUGGUGAGUUAUUUGACCCUCAAAGAGUUACAGAAAAGAGACGGAAAGCUGAACUGGUUACUAUUUUACUUCCAUAGGUUCUGUAGGUUGACCCCUACCUUCAUGCUGUUUAUCCUGGUGUACACGGCCUACUUCCAGUACUGGGGCUCGGGACCUCUCUGGCCCCUGACGUCCCCUGACUACCAGAACUGUAAGGAGUACUGGUGGAGGAAUCUUCUGUAUAUCCAGAACUUCUUUCCCAUCGGUGAAGAGUGCAUUGGCUGGGGCUGGUACCUUGCAGUUGACAUGCAGUUUUUUGUACUUUCACCAUUAAUAAUAUACCCCCUGUACAGGAAACCUUUGAUAGGAUACAUAAUAAUACUGGCUCUUAUGGUGAUGCAGUUGGUUUACAGGGGAAUAAUGUCAGUACAGCUGGAUAUGGGCUUAAAUGUAGGACAUGAUUUAAAACUCACAACAUACCCUGUAGAAAGCUCUGACUUCUUUGAUAAAACGUACCAGACGCCCUAUGCCAAAAUAGCCCCAUACCUAAUUGGCAUACUAACAGGAUACUUCAUGUGGAAAUCAGAGAGACGAGUCAAGCUGCCAAAAGUGAUUGUGGUGUUGGGAUGGGUUAUUGCCCUUGUUUGUGUGUCUUCAGUGAUGUUUGGGACCACUGAACAGUACAGAGGCCAUAAAUCCUCCACAGCAGUUACUGCCCUUUACAACUCUUUGUCCAAAACAACAUGGAGCUUGGGUUUAGCAUGGAUUAUUUUUGCAUGCAGUAUAGGAUAUGGAGGUUUUAUCAACACGUUCCUGUCGGCCCGUCUGUGGUCCCCCCUCAGUCGCCUGACCUACUGUGCCUACCUGGUUCACCCUGUCAUCAUGUUUGUCUACACUUACAGUCAAAGACACCCUAUAUACUACACUGACAUCAACAUUGUCUUCCUCUUUUUGGGAUUUUGGAUGGCAACAUACAUAGCUUAA